UGCAACUACCUACCUACCUGACAUUAUUCGCCGGCGAGUUUCGUUUAGAGAGAUAAAACCGCGCUGCCAUCAAGUUGCAGAGACCCCGCCACGCGGUGUUUUGACCUAAUUACUUCAUCAAAAUUGACAGAUCCCGCCGUUGCUCCAACAAGAAACUUUUUUAUCUAUCAUACGCGGGCAGAUCUAAUCGGAUCCGGAAUACGAAAAUCGUCAGCAGCGAAAUAUCCAGGGAGGUUGGAUUUAUUGAAGGUUGUGUUGAACUAUAACCAUCUGGGUAAUUGCAGUUUGUUAAUUGAAUACCGCUGUUUCAAGCUCGUCAUCAGGUGGAUUUGUGUCAUCACCAGUGUGGAUCAUCUUCAUCCCGUUCAUCAAGAGCCCAAAUUGAAUGCUUGGAUCCCAAACUCUUGUUGCUAGGUAUUUGGUAAACUUCAGGCAUAUUGACAGGUAGUUGUGGGUGGACGAGGGAAUUGAGUUGAACUUAAGUUGCUGUUGGUCGUCGGUUCUCUGCUUCAUUGUUCUUAUGGCUCUCCAAACCUAUGCCCAUUCCCAGCUCUUGGGCCCUCGCCUCCCUGCAUUUUCCUUUCUUCCCUCUUCCUACUCUGUUAGUGAGAUUCGACUCCCCCAAAUUUCUACUGCUACGAGACGCCAUCUUCAUCUCGUCUGCUCCAGCAGUGAUGCUAGUGGUAAGAAGGGAGUACCUAACACCAACUAUGUUGUUCCACUCAAUAAAUCUUUUUCCCCGGCCAACUCAUCCUGCAUCACUCGUCCCCUUGCUGAGAUCCUCCGCGAUCUUAACAAGAGAAUCCCCGAUAACAUCGCUCCAAAAGUCCCUCAUUCUGACCCCCAGAAUCGUCCUCCUGCUACUUUCAUCCCCUGGUUUCAUGCCAAUAGGAUGCUGAGUUUCUAUGCCCCUGGAUGGUGUGGAGAAAUAAGAGAUGUCAUAUUCUCUGACAAUGGUAGCGUGACUGUGGUUUAUCGUGUGACUGUAAGAGGAUCUGAUGGAGAGGCACACCGUGAAUCGACUGGAACAGUAUCAGCCACUGAUAGCAAUAUUGAAGAUCCUGUAGCUGCUGCGGAGGAAAUAGCUUUUUGCAAGGCUUGUGCAAGAUUUGGCCUGGGUUUGUAUCUCUAUCAUGAAGAAUGAAAGCAAGAAGAACAGAAGAAUGACAUGCUUCCAACAUGUAUUAAAAUUUUUUAGUUUCAAUAUUUUGUAGAAAUGGGGUAUUAUAAUGCUGGCCUUGACAUUUGAGGUGCAGAUUACUAGUUUUAGAUAAUUCAGAGCAGGUCUUGAACUUUAACAAAGUCCAAAGAAGAUGCUGACCUCCGUUCAUGUUGAUGAACUUUCAAAUAAGAAAGCUUACAAAUGCCCUGUAUCAAGGAUGGCUUUUCAAUUUACCCUCUGAAA